AUUGUGUCUCACCAUUCACCCACCGCUCGCUGUCAUACCCAGCGUCAAGGCUAUCGAUUGAACGAAGGUGAGCCCAUUUUCAUGCACGCACCAAUCCGUUAGGAGGCACUUUACUUGUCUGGGAAGAAUCAGAAGAUAUUGAGACAGGUUUUCGCUGGAUGGAAGGAUUCCCCUCUGGAUAACAGGCUUAUGGAAUCUUUACCUGCAGAUCACUACCAUGUCCCUCGUCGUUCCUGAAGCACAUCAACAGUUCCAGCACAUUCUGCGUCUGCUCAACACUAAUGUUGACGGAAAGCGCAAGAUUAUGUACGCUCUGACGGAGAUCAAGGGUGUUGGACGUCGUUACUCCAACCUUGUUUGCAAGAAGGCAGAUGUUGACCUCAACAAGCGUGCUGGUGAAUUGAACUCUGACGAGCUUGAGCGUAUUGUUACGAUUAUCCAAAAUCCCACUCAAUUCAAAAUCCCCACAUGGUUUUUGAACAGACAGAAGGACAUUGUAGACGGCAAGGACUCGCAGAUCCUUUCCAACGGUGUUGAUUCGAAGUUGCGUGAUGACCUCGAGCGAUUGAAGAAGAUUCGGGCCCACCGUGGUCUCAGGCACUUCUGGGGCCUGCGGGUGCGCGGUCAACACACAAAAACUACUGGCCGUCGCGGGAAAACGGUCGGUGUGUCGAAGAAACGGGGUUAGACAGGUGUUAUUGCAUUAUUCAUGUCCUCUCUAUGUUUGUUCUCAUAUGAUACUACCCACACAAUCACUCGGGAGAUUAGGCGAUCUGCAAACACGCUGGAA